UAAACAGACCUGUUGCCCGAGGUGAAAGAACCCACAGAAAAUGAUGUUUAUCACCAAACUCUAGCAGAGACCCUCAGGGUCAACCGUCAAGUAAUCGUGAGAUAAACUUAAAAUAAGAUAAAAUAUUCACACCCAUUAAUUGUCUUCCUUUUCGAAAACAAACGGGUUGUGUGGCCUAUUCCCACGCGACCCCCACCCUCCGCCUUCUCUGUCCCUCUGCCAAAAAAUGUGAAACGCAAUCCGAGCACCCGGUCACAGAGAGGAGUUAUUUUAAAACUUAAAACUCAGCUACCUCCGAAGGAAGGAUCAUGUAAGAAACAGCGCACGGACUGACCAGAGGGAGGAAGUAAUCCUUGUUGUGCUACACACGGCUACAGAGAGUAAAAUGAGCGAACGAGUUAUAUUGAUGAUCCUCCCUUGUUUAAGGUCUAUUGUUCUGUUGCCAGUCGCGCGUCUCCAAUGUCGCUGCCAGUAGUCCUGCCAGGAUCGUGUUGUCGUGUUAGCAGGGUCUCGCUUGCACCUCCGCUGGGGGAUCCAUCAUAUAGAAGUCGCAGCCGCUGCAUUCCCACCCCUGGAUCUCGUAUGCCUGGAUCUCAGUCGCGGCUCAUUCCGGCGCUGCUACCCGGCCGCCCGUUGCUCUCACUGGGAUUGCUGCAGUUGGCUCUCGGCUGCUCCAUGGUGGCGCUCUCCUUUGGGGCUCUUUCCCUCAGCAACUCGCCUCCUGUUCGGAAUUCCUGCCCGUUCUGGGCAGGCUCAUCAGUCAUCCUCUCAGGGAUCAUAGGCCUCACAACAUGGAGACGACCGAUGCUCCUAUUGAUGAACCUGUUUGUCCUGCUGUCGGUGGUCUGUGUCCUACUCAACCUGGCCGGCUUCAUCCUAUGCUGUCAGGGAGCACAGCUGGUUUCCGCCAUGACAAACUGCCAGCUGAGUGAGCUUGGUGACAUCUGCAACUGUUGUGCUGAAACUCCCAGUACAAAGUGCGAGGAGGAGAAAAUGCUGAAGAUUUACCCAGGCUACUCAUGCAACACGAUGCGGGUGCUUCUUAAGAAAGUUCUGUUUGCGCUGUGUGCCUUGAAUGCUGUGACCACGGCAGUGUGCCUGGUAGCUGCGGCACUCCGAUACCUCCAGAUCUUCAGUGCCAGGCGGCCCUGCAUGGAGGAGCCGCGGGCCGCCGUGGAGGAUGCCGAGGAGCCGGCCCGGCCUCCCGACCCAGACGAGUUCGUGCCCCCGGCGCCACCCCCGUCCUACUUCUCCACCUUCUACUCCUACACCCCGCGGCUGGCUCGCAGAAUGUUUGGUGACAGUGUGAUCCCCCUGCCUCACAUAUAUGGAGCACGGAUCAAAGGGGUGGAGGUCUUCUGUCCCCUGGACCCUCCUCCUCCAUAUGAGGCCGUUCCUGGAGUAUCCAGCCCCUCCACUGCCCAGGAGACACAGAUCCAGAUGACCGAUCUGACCGAUGGAGUGACGGACCACUCAGAGGCCGCAACGUCCAUCGCUGACAGCUGCCUGCAAACGGCGACUUCCUCAGCGGCGGCGGCGGCGACGGCGGCUCCAACAGCACCAGCGACCCAGACCAGCAGGAGAACCCACAAGCUCCGCAGGUCCAACAGUGACCCGGUGUUUCUGGACCUGGCCUCUAAAGUGUUGAGCUGCGAGGCGGCCACCCAGACGGACACGGGGACAGGGACGGCGGCCUCCUCUUCCUCCGCGCGGGCGGCCUCGGGCAGCGGCGUGGCCAGGGUGACCCUGCGGCGGGGCCGGGGUCCCCGGCGGCCGCGGCCCACCUCCAUGGUGGACUACCAGAGCUACCGCGACACCAAGCUGCUGGUGGCGCGCUUCCUGGAGCACUCGUCCUCGUGGAGCAGCCUGGAGCCCGAGGUGCAGGAGCUGGUCAACAGCAUCAAGAGCAUGCUGCGCUCCGACGAGGAGCACAUGGAGGAGGCGGUCCGCUGCGCCAGCUUCAUUGACCAGGUCAUCACCGGGUCAGAAGCCACGACCUCGCGGCCCACCGCGCCGCUGCAGCCGGCCGCCCUGGAGGUGGCCCCCGCGCCGGAACCCUUGGCACAGACGCUCCCGCGGAGGAAGCGGCCCGGCCAGCUGCACCUGCGCAGCUGCGGGGACCUGAGCACCUUCACCUGGGCCGAGCUGCAGCUGGGGGUGGGCACGGGGCGCAGGGGCGUCACCGGGGAGCGCCGGCCCGGGUCUCGCGCCGCCAGCUCGCGACUGGGCUCCCGGGCGGGCAGCUCCCGACUCGGGGAGCACGACCGGCCGCACAGCCUGAUCGGGGUGUUCCGGGAAACUGUGCUGUGAGUGGCGCCACCGCCGCCUGAAACCCACCAGAACCCAAACCAGUCCAACCCAUAGGCCACUCCACCCCCAUGGCCUGUCUUGACCUUUCACCUUUCACCCCAUGCCUUUCUCUCCUUGCCUCACGGCGACAACAGACAGUUUUGUACUUAAAAGACUCAUACCUGAGGGGGUACAUGUCUCCUUGGACAAGACAAAGUUUUUGAAGUUAUUAUUAUUUUUUUGAAGUUUGAUUUGUUUUUGUUACCUCUGCCGAGGAGGUUGUUUUUGCUGUUAUUUGUGUCUUUGUCUGUCUGACUUGUCAGCAGGAUUAUGGAAAAACUACUGGCCUGAUUUUUAUGGAAGCCUUCCACUGGAAGGAAGUAGCAUGGGCCAAGGAAGAACCUUUGAAAUGACAAGGGCAGACACAUAACUUAGUUUUCACGUUCAUUAACAUCAUGAGGAAGGCCAUUUUGGCCUUGGCUGAGGAGUCUGCAGUCAUUGCCUGCCCCUCUAGUUUGACUCUGUGUUAUGUAGCUUCAGUUUAACCCGCGUUCCUUUCAGAUGCGAUUUAGAACUAGAAUGGGAGGGACGUCAGAAAAGGUUUGAGCAAUUCGUCUUUCCUCUUCCCUAAAUUUAGACAGAAAUACAGGCAUGUAAUCCCAGAUAACAAAAUGGCCGCACCGUUGUUAUCUUCACUGAGCUGUGCUGUUCGUUGACCAAGUCAGUGCCUUUUCACUACUGUUUCUGUAUUCUGCCCUUGAUAUGUGCUGCCUUGUACACCUACUGUAAGUGCAUUGUGUCGUGUAUGAAUGAUUUGUUUUUAAACAUCUAGAAAGUGUCAAUAAAGUAAGUGUAGCAGAGGAAUGGUAAGACGUGCUGUGAAGUAUUGUCUAGCACUGCAAUUAGUUUAUGUUUGUUUAUAUCACUUAUGGUGUAACAACAAAAAGUGUUUUUAGCAUCGGUUUCACACUGAAAUUGCAGUGUCCCAUGCAAUCUCCUUGAGUGCUUCAGGCCACUACUAGGAGAAUACUCAGAUAACUACAGUAUACAACUGUAAUGCAAUCCAGAGGCUUGAAGAGGAAUUCUGUGGCAGAAAUGGACUUCCGUUCAGCUUUGCUUUAGAUAUUUCCAGUCAAAGAAAAUUAGGGCCAAGUGCUGACAAUCAAACGAGUUAAUAAAUUGUACAGUUGAAAAAGCCAAUUGCAUCAUGUGUUUGUACAUGUUUUCUUGUAGUUCUUCAGGGUGAAAGAGAUUUCAAAAGACUCUCCCUCAGCUUGAGGUAGUAGUGUCAGGGAUACAUAACCCAUGUGUUAGUACAAGGGCAUCAGUUGGGUUGUACGGACGGACAGUAUGUGACUUUUAAAGAUUAUUGAAAACACAUAAAACAUGUUUGCAAAUAAUAUUGAAUAUUAUUACAUGCAAAUAUCAGUCAUCGUGGUGUUAACACAAUAAAUCGAGCAGGCAGGUCUCUCUGUAAGUCAUUUACUGUUGUAAAUACUGUUACAAACAUUCCAGCUAUGGUAUAGGAAUGUAGCUCAAUAAUUGUAACGUCACGGAAAAGCUAGCAAAUA